AUGGUUUCUCUUAGGUUUCUCUUAUGUUUUCUCUUGUUCUUAGCAAGUAGUGUCUACGCUACGAUUGUUUCUCACGAUGGACGAGCAAUCACCAUUGAUGGUCAUCGCCGUGUUCUUCUCUCCGGUUCAAUCCAUUAUCCUAGAAGUACCCCUGAGAUGUGGCCCGAUCUUAUAAGAAAAGGCAAAGAAGGAGGUCUUGAUGCGAUAGAGACAUAUGUUUUCUGGAAUGCACAUGAACCUACUCGUCGUCAAUAUGAUUUCUCCGGAAAUCUAGAUCUUAUUAGAUUCUUGAAAACCAUUCAAGAUGAAAAGUUGUAUGGCGUUCUUCGCAUAGGACCAUACGUUUGUGCUGAAUGGAACUACGGAGGAUUUCCUGUUUGGUUGCACAACAUGCCCGAUAUGGAAUUUAGGACUACUAACAAAGCCUUUAUGAAUGAGAUGCAAAACUUCACAACUAUGAUAGUUGACAUGGUCAAGAAAGAAAAAUUGUUUGCAUCACAAGGAGGUCCCAUUAUUCUUGCACAGAUAGAAAAUGAGUAUGGAAAUGUAAUUGGAUCUUAUGGAGAAACGGGUAAAGCAUACAUUCAAUGGUGUGCUAAUAUGGCUCAAUCUCUUGAUAUUGGUGUUCCAUGGAUCAUGUGUCAACAAGAUGAUGCUCCUCAGCCUAUGUUGAACACAUGUAAUGGUUAUUACUGCGACAAUUUUGAACCAAACAACGCCAAGACUCCUAAGAUGUGGACUGAGAACUGGACAGGAUGGUAUAAGAACUGGGGAGGCAAAAAUCCUCAUAGAACAACUGAGGAUGUUGCUUUUGCUGUUGCAAGAUUCUUUCAAAAAGGAGGAACUUUCCAGAAUUACUACAUGUACCAUGGAGGCACAAACUUUGAUAGAACUUCAGGUGGUCCAUACAUCACAACUUCAUAUGAUUACGAUGCUCCUAUUGAUGAAUUUGGUAAUUUGAAUCAACCAAAAUAUGGGCACUUAAAACAACUUCAUGAUAUCCUGCACUCUAUGGAGAAAACUCUUACCUAUGGAAAUGUCUCCACCAUUGACUUUGGAAAUUUUGCAUCGGCAACAAUCUAUAAGACUGAAGAAAGAUCAAGUUGUUUCUUUGGAAACGUUAAUGAAACUUCAGAUGCAACAAUCAACUUUCAAGGAGAAACUUAUGUUGUCCCGACUUGGUCCGUUAGCAUUUUACCGGAUUGCAAAACUGAGGUUUAUAAUACUGCAAAGGUAUGUCUUUUUUGUUACAUUCAAUUAUUGCGUAUUGCAAUAAACACUCAAACUUCAGUGAUGGUUAAGAAACCAAAUGAAGCUGAGGAUGAGCCUUCAAAUUUGAAAUGGUCAUGGAGACCAGAGAACAUGGAUAACUUCCUUUUAAAAGGAAAAGGAGAAUCUACAAUGAGACAACUAUUUGAUCAAAAAAUAGUAAGCAAUGACCAAAGUGAUUAUCUUUGGUACAUGACUACUCUUAAUCUCAAAGAAGAAGAUCCAGUUUUGGGUAAGAACAUGUCUCUACGCAUCAACAGUACUGCUCAUGUGCUCCAUGCUUUUGUCAAUGGAAAACAUGUUGAAAAUGGAAAGUUUCACUAUGUUUUUGAGCAAGAAGCAAAGUUUAACCCUGGUGAUAAUGUCAUUUCUCUCUUAAGUAUAACCGUAGGACUCCCGAACUAUGGUGCUUUCUUUGAGAAUGUUCCAGCCGGAAUUACUGGACCUGUUUUUAUUAUUGGAAGAAAUGGUGAUGAAACCAUAGUAAAGGAUUUGUCUGCUCAUAAAUGGAGCUAUAAAACUGAUUUAAGAGGGUUUGAGAACCAACUCUUUAGUUCAGAAUCACCAUCUAAAUGGUCAGGUGACAGUGUACCAUUCAACCGUACCAUGACUUGGUACAAGACUACGUUCAAGGCUCCGUUGGGAAGUGAACCAGUUGUUGUUGAUCUUCUUGGACUUGGAAAAGGUACUGCUUGGAUCAAUGGAAACAACAUUGGGCGUUACUGGCCAGCGUUUCUUUCAACCGAAGAUGGUUGUUCUGCUGAAUGUAAUUAUCGAGGGGCGUACUAUGCUGAAAAGUGCCAAACUAAUUGUGGAGAACCUACCCAGAGAUGGUACCAUAUUCCUCGUUCUUUCUUGAACCCAAAAGGAGAUAACAAAUUAGUUUUGUUUGAAGAGAUUGGAGGAAACCCAUCAUUCGUCAAUUUCCAAACAAUUGGAGUGGGAGGUGUCUGUGCAAAUGUCUAUGAGAAGAACGUUCUUGAACUUUCCUGCGAUGGAAGGCCUAUUUCUGCUAUCAAAUUUGCCUCUUUCGGUAACCCAAGAGGCAAUUGUGGAUCCUUUGAGAAGGGAACUUGUGAAGCAAGCAAAGAUGUUGUUGACAUUCUCACUGCUGAAUGUGUUGGAAAAGAAAAAUGUUCCGUUAAUGUUUCCACAGAGAAGUUCGGAGCACCUGAAUGCAAUGUUGCUACUAGGAGUCUCGCAGUGGAAGCUCUUUGCUAG